AUGUUUGCCUCUACCAUCCGUUCCGCUUUAAGGGCCAGAGUUACCACUCCAAGAAUUUCUAAUGUCGUUAGAACUAAUGUUGGUAUGACUAGAAUUUCAAUUCCACACAUGAGAAAUUAUUCAUCCCACCAUGAAGAAACUUUCGAAGAAUUCACCGCAAGAUACGAAACUGAAUUUGAAGAAGCUUACGACUUAUUUGAGGUCCAAAGAAUUUUAAACAACUGCUUUUCAUAUGAUUUAGUCCCAGCUCCAGCUGUUAUCGAAAAGGCUUUACAAGCUUGUAGAAGGGUUAAUGACUACCCAACUGCCGUCAGAACCUUUGAAGCUUUAAAGCACAAGGUUGAAAACAACGAACAAUACGAAGCCUACUUGGAAGAAUUGAAGGACAUUAGACAAGAAUUAGGUAUUGACUUAAAGGAAGAUUUGUAUGUUGGUGAAAAUUAG